CGCGGUAGGCAGGACGCGGCCUAGCGGCGAAAGCGGAGACCGGGCGGCGGGUUCGAGCAGCGGAGCCGGAGGCCAAAGGGGACCCGGGGUGGGGGGAGCGCGGAGCGCCCCGGCCCACCCUGCCCGCAGACAGCUACCAAGGAUGACGGAGCUGAAGUCGCCGUCCGACACCUACAAGGGCUGGCUCUUCAAAUGGACCAACUACAUCAAGGGCUACCAGCGCCGCUGGUUCGUGCUCAGCAACGGGCUGCUCAGCUACUACAGGACCCAGGCGGAGAUGGGCCACACCUGCCGGGGGACCAUCAACCUGGCCACGGCCAACAUCGCUGUGGAGGACUCGUGCAACUUCGUCAUCUCCAACGGCGGCGCGCAGACCUACCACCUGAAGGCCAGCUCUGAGGUGGAGCGGCAGCGGUGGAUCACGGCCCUGGAGCUGGCCAAGGCCAAGGCCGUCCGCAUGCAGGCCGAGUCUGAUGACUCGGCAGACGAGGAGCCGGCCUCACAGACGGACAAGACGGAGGUGCAGAACACGCUGCGGACGCUGGUCUGCAAGGUGGAGGACCUGUCCACCUGCAACGACCUGAUCGCCAAGCAUGGCACGGCCCUGCAGCGCUCUCUCAGCGAGCUCGAGAGCCUGCGGCUGCCCGCCGACAGCAACGAGAAGAUCAAGCAGGUCAACGAGAGGGCCACGCUCUUCCGGAUCACCUCCAACGCCAUGAUCAAUGCGUGCCGAGACUUCUUGCUGCUGGCGCAGGGCCACAGCCGCAAGUGGCAACGGGCGCUCCAGCACGAGCGGGAGCAGCGGAUCCGGCUGGAGGAGACCCUCGAGCAGCUGGCCAAGCAGCACAACAACCUGGAGCGGGCCUUCCGCGGAGCCACCCUCCUCCCGUCCAGCACCGCGCCCCACGCCGGCUCCGUCAAGGGGAGUGGGAGCAGCCGGGACCUCAGCGACGAGGACGAUGAGAACGAAUUCUUCGACGCCAUGGAGGACGUGGCGGAGUUCAUCACCGUUCAGGCGGACGCCCGAUACCACAGACGAACCGGCAGCAACAUUAGUGGUGCCAGCAGCGAGGGCGGCUUUGACGAUCAAGCCCUGGAGGACCCGCUGUCGGCCGCGAGCAGCACCACCACCCUGGAGGGCUCGUUCAAGGAGAUGGCGGUCAAACGCAACCGGCGGACGCGAAUCCCGGACAAGCCCAACUACAGCCUCAACCUCUGGAGCAUCAUGAAGAACUGCAUCGGCAAGGAGCUGUCCCGCAUCCCCAUGCCGGUGAACUUCAACGAGCCGCUGUCCAUGCUGCAGAGGCUGACGGAGGACCUGGAGUACCACGACCUCCUCGACCGCGCCUCCAAGUGCGAGAGCGCCCUGGAGCAGCUGUGCUACGUGGCCGCCUUCACCGUCUCGUCCUACUCCACCACCGUCUACCGCACCGGCAAGCCUUUCAACCCCCUGCUGGGCGAGACCUUCGAGCUCGACCGGCUCGACGAGGAGGGCUUCCGCUCCAUCUGCGAGCAGGUGAGCCACCACCCCCCUGCAGCCGCCCACCACGUGGAGUCCAAGUUCGGCUGGACCCUGCGGCAGGAGAUCGCCAUCGCCAGCAAAUUCCGCGGGAAGUACCUCUCCAUCAUGCCCCUGGGGAGCAUCCAUUGCACCUUCCACCAGAGCGGUAACCACUACACCUGGAAGAAGGUCACCACCACGGUCCAUAACAUCAUCGUCGGCAAGCUCUGGAUAGACCAGAGCGGGGAAGUCGACAUCGUCAACAAAAGCACGGGCGACAAGUGCCACUUGAAGUUUGCACCUUACAGCUAUUUCUCCCGGGAUGUGGCUCGAAAGGUCACCGGCGUGGUCACAGACAACACGGGCAAGGCACACUACAUCCUGUCGGGGACCUGGGACGAGAAGAUGGACUACUCCCGCGUCCUGCAGAGCAGCAAGGGUGUUAACGGCACCGAGGGCCGGCAGAAGACCGUCUACGAGACCCUCCGGGGCAAGGAGUUGUGGAAGAGGCACAAGAUCCCGGAGCACGCUGAGUUCAUGUAUUACUUCUCCGAGCUGGCCCUGACGCUGAACGAGCCCGAGGAGGGCGUGGCACCGACCGACAGCCGCCUGCGGCCGGACCAGAGGCUGAUGGAGAAUGGCCGCUGGGACGAGGCCAACAUGGAGAAGCAGCGUCUGGAGGAGCAGCAGCGGGCCGCCAGGCGCCGGCGCGAGGCGGAGUCCAGCCGGUCGCUGGAGGAAGGCCAGAGCCCGCUGGAGUCCAGCUACCGGCCGCUGUGGUUCGAGCGGCGUGAGGAUCCGUACACCAAAGAGCAGGUUCACAUCUACAAGGGCGGCUACUGGGAGGCCAAGGACAGACAGGACUGGGCCCAGUGCCCCGAGAUCUUCUGAGUUCCGCUGCCGUGCCGUGUGUGUGUGUGUGCGUGUGCGCGUGCGUGCGUGUGUGCGCGUGUGCGGGUGACAGGGCCCCACCCCAUCCCCCCCUGCCCCCCCCCGGGCUCGGACCGCUGCCGUCUGCCUGGUGGAUGGGUCGGGACCGGACUGACGUGGGUGGGGUGGGUAGAAGCGAGUGGGUUCCUCACUCUCCUUCCCACCCUGCUCAGUGGGAGCCCUCAAUUUGCAGCGGGGGAGUGGUGGUGGUGGUGGGGGGUGUUUGGGGAGAGGCCGUCCCGGGACGCGUCCGGCUUUCCCUUCUCCCUCCUCUCCCCUGGGUCGCGCUGCCCCCUUCCCCUCCUGUUCCCCGUGGGUCCAUCUCCCCACCUCCCUCUCCUCCUCCCCCUUUGGGUCUCCGAGCUCCUCUCCUCUCCUCUCCUCCUCCCCCCCCCCCCACCAGGUCCUCCUCUUCACCCCCCCCCCCGGGUCCCGCUAUCCCUUCCCCCUCGAAGAUGUUAGCUGUUCCUGCACCGAACUCUGUGCAUUUGGGUUGGAGGGUCUUAUCUGUGUGCCUCGUCCUGUCGUGGAUUCUUGGCGUGGUUGGUGGGGGUGGGGGUGGGG